GACAGUGUACUGCCUGGACUGAAGCAACGAUUGGCCUGUUGUACGUUCACUUUAAAAGAUUGACCGAGUAAUGUGGCCCGGUUUCCUCCAAUGAUGAGUAAUAAUCAAUGACUUUAUCCAGAGCAAACAGACGGGACUAAAUACACUCCACAGCAAUAGUUGUACUUUUAUUCCCAGUAUCAGUAAGACAAAUUGACUAUUUAGUAAUCAACAAAAACUAAGCCAUCACAUGUUUCUGCCUGUGACACAAGGAGGGAACAAACUCAUCCUAAAAGUGAGCCAUGGCAGCUGAUCUGGAUGUGGUGAACUUGUUUAUCAUUGCAGGGGGAACGCUGGCUAUUCCCAUCCUGGUUUUUGUUGCUUCCUUCCUCCUCUGGCCCUCUGCACUCAUUAAGGUGUAUUACUGGUACUGGAGGAGGACUCUGGGCCUGCAGGUGCGCUAUGCAGACUGUGGUGGUUAUCGCUUUUGUUACGCCUACAGAGGAAAGGCUGGGAUGAGACCAUCCAUUCUGAUGCUGCAUGGCUUCUCUGCUCACAAAGACACAUGGCUAAGUGUUGUCAAGUAUUUACCAAAACAUCUGCACAUAUUGUGUGUGGACAUGCCUGGUCAUGAGGGAACAACUCGGACAAACACAGAGGAUUACUCCAUUCAGGGGCAGGUCAAAAGGAUCCAUCAGUUUGUGGAAACCGUUCGCUUAAACAGGAAACCUUUCCAUGUGGUUGGAACCUCUAUGGGGGGAAAUGUAGCCGGGGUUUACGCAGCCUGCUACCCUGCAGAGAUCUGUAGCAUGACUCUCAUUUGUCCAGACGGUAUAAGACACCCCUGUGAGACCAAAUUUGACAAUCAUCUGCAGGACUUGGAGCACAGCAAUUACACACUGAACAUCCCGCUGAUCCCGACUACCCCCGAGGAGAUGGAGGACAUGUUCAGACUUUGCUCUCAUGUCCGCUUUAAAAUCCCACAGCAGAUUCUUCAAGGAUUGGUGGAUGUUCGGCAGCCUCACAACACUUUUUAUGAAGAAGUUUUUAUGGAGAUUGUUGGCGAAACAUCAAGAUAUGCCUUACAGGAGCACUUACAUCUGAUAACUGCACCUUUACAAGUAAUAUGGGGGAAAAAAGAUCAGGUGGUUGAUGUCUCUGGAGCUAAUGUCAUUGCAGAAGUGCUACCUGGAUGCAGAGUGGACCUGCUGGAGAACUGUGGACACUCUGUGGUGAUGGAGAGGCCUUGUCGGACAGCUAAACUCAUCCUAGAGUUCAUCAUCCUGCAACAAGACGCCAGGGGUGGCACAAAGAAAUCCUCCUAAACUAAAGCCUUGCAAUAAUGUCCUUCCCCUGCAAUGCUACACGUGCUCCCUGUACGUGACAUGCAUAUAAAAACAGAUAUCUACGUCAAAAAUAUUUACACUUAAAGCAAGGUUAUUAGAGUUCAAGCAUUUCUUGAAAGUGAAUUGCGUCUA